ACAUGUGCGUAGAUUUGUUGUUGUUGUUAUUUGGUACAGAAUUGCGUAAUAUACUUCUACUUUGCACGUUGGGACACCGCGAAGUGUAUUUCAAAGUUUCUGAUAAUGUAUUUGUGCUUUAAAAUUGUUGUUUCAUCGAUAGGUGUUAUGUAUAACCUACAAAUUUGACAGCAGUGAAUGUAAAAAAGUCCAAUGUUCAUCUUGGGAAGAAGUGUCAAUGUAUCUUAGUUUUACGGAUAACUUCAAGGUUACUUUUCUACUAAAAUACUUACAAGCAUUACUGAUUUUGGGCAGUUAUGUUGAACUGUUAUAAGCAUAACAACAAAGUGUUUCUUAAAGCUCCAAAUUGUUCCACUGUCACUUUCAUUGCUUAUACAUAUUCUAUAGCUGUGUAUAGUUAAGGAACUAGUUGAAAAUAACCUCAAACUCUUCCAAUUUCUAUAAUUACAAACGGAAUAUGAGUUCCUAGACUUGUCAGAUGUGAAAGAAGCGGAACUGAGCAGUUUGCAGUGUGCACUUUACCAGCGGAAGACGGAGGCUUCGGGUUACGGUUGGACCGAGCCUGCCAUUGCAAAAGAAGUCCAAACCCAGUCAUACAAACUGCCACUCCUGCAGCUGGCGCCCGGCGCUCCCCACGCGGCCGUGCGCAGGCUCAAGUACAGACUUCUAUAGUAUUGAAAAAAUACGAUCUGUCCUCGUGUUCCUCGUCGACCUUGGGCCCCCGCACCGUGUCGAGCAGCCUGGACAGCCUGUCGGGCGGCGAGUGCGAGAUGGCGCCCCACUCGCCGCAGCGCGCGCCGCCGCCGCCGCCCUACGCGCAGCCGCCGCCUGCCUACCCGCAACAGUGGCCCGUGGCGCCGCCCAACGUAUACGUCAGCCAGGUGACCGCCAACGUGAACGUGCACGGGUACAUGGGGCAGUACUACCAGCCGCCGCAGCCGCAGUACGCGCCGCCGCCGCAGGUGGAGCGGCCGCCGCGCGCCCACCGCCGCGACCGCCGCGGCAAGCGCCCGCCCUCCCCGCCGCCGCCGCAGCCGCCCCCCUACUACGUCCAGUACCCCCACUACUACCCCGCCGCGCAGGCCCAAGGAGCCCCCCUCUACCACCUACCCGUCUACCAACCUCUAGUCUACGGACCGUAUGCGUACCCGCCUUAUUACCAAGAAUAUCAGAUCCCUGUCGAAGGCGAAGACAAACCUGAUGAAUACCAACAAGAGGUUGUGAUGGAGCAGGAAGCGGUAGAUGCUUACUACGCUGGCGCUCAUUACGCUCCUCCAUACGGCCCGCCCGUAGACGGAGGCGUAGAAUACAUGCCACCCAUGUAUCUUCCCCCACCUCCACAUCCACCACCUAUACCUAUACAGCCUCAACCACCGCAUCAGUCGACUCCGCAUCAGUUUAACGUUCACGCUAAAAACUUCGUAGUCCAAUCGCACAAUCAGAAUAAAUCGUACACUCCGCCAGAAAAGAGUCAAGAACAGAAGACGCCACCAGCGACCGCCUCCGCUGUGGAAUCGUUGCCUAUUAAAGAUCUGACUAUCAGCAAGGGCCCGGGCAGCCCGAAGCAAUCGGAACGACCGAUAGAACAAAAACCUGCCAGUGACAAAGCUUCGCCUACCCCUAAAGUAGAAACCGUCAAACCAGCUUGGGUAGCGAAUGAAAAGGCACCUGAAGUUAAUCAGAUACCUGUUAAGGCGUUCCCGCCUAUGGCGUCUGCGAGUCAGGUUCCUGCUGUGAAUAAAAUGCCUCCAGUGGUAAAUAAAACUACGAAAGGCCCAGCUGCCCCAUUCUCAGGUGGCAAGCAACCGGCUAAGCCUCUGGUUCCUCAAGCGGCCGUGCCUGUGCAACAGGCGGUAUCCACCCCAAAGGCGCCGUUUGGCAAUAGACAGAAGAGGGACAACGUGGCUAACAGGUCACCGACGAGUGAAACUGCCGAAGUCCCAAGUCCCGUCGCGCCAGUCGAGCAUCCUAAACGCGAUCCGCCGCUGCCGCCAAGCAAGGCGCCUAUGCCUAUCUCGAUCACGCUACAUUCGCAAGGGCCACCGCUGAUCGUUACGAACAAAUCACCUUUCGGACACUCGAGGAAGUCGACCGCCGCGCCUGAACUUCCUCCAGUGCCUCAGCCGCCACCUCCAGCGCCUACUGCAUCAGAUUUCCCCCCUCCACCGACUCCUAGAAACCGUGGAGACUUACCACCGCCUGUGGUUCAGCCUCAGCCGCAACCUGCUCCAGGGAAAUCCUGGGCGAGUCUGUUCUCAAGCAAGACUGCAGCGGUCACUGUGACUGCUUCACCGCCCGCUCCAUUACCAGUUGAAGAGCCCCCCAGCCCGACUACAGUAUCGCCACCAGCGACAGCCAGCAUUCAAAAACCUGUAGCGAAAGUGCCCCCUUUUGACGCAUCUCCAUCUCAAAUAACCGCUCCAGAUAAAAGCUCCCCUGUGCCUCGGCCGGCCCCCGCGCCUACUGCCAUCUCCUACUCAGAGAAGACCUCUGUGAACGCCAUCAGUAUAACCCCUGCUGCUAAACCGGCAUCUCCCAGCCAACCUGAUCCCGAGGUCCGGGAGGUUCCCAUUCAGAAGGAGCCUACGCCGGCGCUGCCGGUGCAGCCCUCGCCGUUCGCGGAUGACCCCAACUCUUACAGGAUGGGAGAAUUCCUGUCCAAAUAUCAGCUGGACAACAAGCCAGUAACGCUUCUGCCCCGCGGCCUCACGAACCGCUCCAACUAUUGCUACGUCAACUCGAUCCUACAGGCCUUGAUCGCAUGUCCUCCCUUCUACAACAUGCUGAAGGCCCUGCCCUACCAAACUCGACGUGGCAAGUCUAGCACGCCUGUCAUUGACUCCAUGGUGGAGCUGUGCUACGAGUUCAGCCCGCUGGCGCUGGCGGCGCGCGCGCGCGGGCGCGGCGAGGCGGGCGCGCCGCCGGUGCCGGCCGGGCCGCCGCUGGACGGCGCCGCCGGCCUGCGCGUGCUGCGCGCGCUGCGCCCCUUCGUCGGCUCGCAGGAGGGCCGCCAGGAGGACGCCGAGGAGUUCCUGGGCUGCCUGCUCAACUCGCUCAACGAUGAGAUGCUCGAGGUAUGUACCUACACUACGCCGGUGCCGGCCGGGCCGCCGCUGGACGGCGCCGCCGGCCUGCGCGUGCUGCGCGCGCUGCGCCCCUUCGUCGGCUCGCAGGAGGGCCGCCAGGAGGACGCCGAGGAGUUCCUGGGCUGCCUGCUCAACUCGCUCAACGAUGAGAUGCUCGAGGUAUGUACCUACACUACGCCGGUGCCGGCCGGGCCGCCGCUGGACGGCGCCGCCGGCCUGCGCGUGCUGCGCGCGCUGCGCCCCUUCGUCGGCUCGCAGGAGGGCCGCCAGGAGGACGCCGAGGAGUUCCUGGGCUGCCUGCUCAACUCGCUCAACGAUGAGAUGCUCGAGGUAUGUACCUACACUACGCCGGUGCCGGCCGGGCCGCCGCUGGACGGCGCCGCCGGCCUGCGCGUGCUGCGCGCGCUGCGCCCCUUCGUCGGCUCGCAGGAGGGCCGCCAGGAGGACGCCGAGGAGUUCCUGGGCUGCCUGCUCAACUCGCUCAACGAUGAGAUGCUCGAGGUAUGUACCUACACUACGCCGGUGCCGGCCGGGCCGCCGCUGGACGGCGCCGCCGGCCUGCGCGUGCUGCGCGCGCUGCGCCCCUUCGUCGGCUCGCAGGAGGGCCGCCAGGAGGACGCCGAGGAGUUCCUGGGCUGCCUGCUCAACUCGCUCAACGAUGAGAUGCUCGAGGUAUGUACCUACACUACGCCGGUGCCGGCCGGGCCGCCGCUGGACGGCGCCGCCGGCCUGCGCGUGCUGCGCGCGCUGCGCCCCUUCGUCGGCUCGCAGGAGGGCCGCCAGGAGGACGCCGAGGAGUUCCUGGGCUGCCUGCUCAACUCGCUCAACGAUGAGAUGCUCGAGGUAUGUACCUACACUACGCCGGUGCCGGCCGGGCCGCCGCUGGACGGCGCCGCCGGCCUGCGCGUGCUGCGCGCGCUGCGCCCCUUCGUCGGCUCGCAGGAGGGCCGCCAGGAGGACGCCGAGGAGUUCCUGGGCUGCCUGCUCAACUCGCUCAACGAUGAGAUGCUCGAGGUAUGUACCUACACUACGCCGGUGCCGGCCGGGCCGCCGCUGGACGGCGCCGCCGGCCUGCGCGUGCUGCGCGCGCUGCGCCCCUUCGUCGGCUCGCAGGAGGGCCGCCAGGAGGACGCCGAGGAGUUCCUGGGCUGCCUGCUCAACUCGCUCAACGAUGAGAUGCUCGAGGUAUGUACCUACACUACGCCGGUGCCGGCCGGGCCGCCGCUGGACGGCGCCGCCGGCCUGCGCGUGCUGCGCGCGCUGCGCCCCUUCGUCGGCUCGCAGGAGGGCCGCCAGGAGGACGCCGAGGAGUUCCUGGGCUGCCUGCUCAACUCGCUCAACGAUGAGAUGCUCGAGGUAUGUACCUACACUACGCCGGUGCCGGCCGGGCCGCCGCUGGACGGCGCCGCCGGCCUGCGCGUGCUGCGCGCGCUGCGCCCCUUCGUCGGCUCGCAGGAGGGCCGCCAGGAGGACGCCGAGGAGUUCCUGGGCUGCCUGCUCAACUCGCUCAACGAUGAGAUGCUCGAGCUGAUGAAACUGGUGGAACCAGAGGAACCCAAGGAGGCGAGUGCUCAAGUGAAUGGCAUCACCACACAAGAGCAACCUCCCGAGGAGGAAGACGAUGACGACGAGUGGAAGGUGAUGGGGCCGCGCAACAAGGGCUGCGUGGAGCGGCGCUGGGCGGCGCGGCGCACGCCGGUGGCGGACAUCUUCCGCGGCCGCACGCGCCUGCGCCUGCACCGCGCGCCGCAGCACGCCGUCACCGUCACCGACGCCGUGCAGCCCUUCUUCACGCUGCAGCUCGACAUCGAGCGUGCAUCCAACGUAAAGGAUGCCCUCGAACUCCUAGCGGGCAAGGACACACUCGAAGGAGUCUCGGACGCCUGGCAACAGUUAUCCUUGGAACAACUGCCUGUGGUGCUGUUGCUGCAUCUCAAGUGCUUCCAACUGGACUCGGAGGGCCACACCGCCAAGAUUGUCAAGAAUAUUGACUUCCCUGUGGACCUGAAGAUUGAUCAGAAGAUCAUGUCUUCAAAGAUCAAGUAUUCGGGCAAGCAGCGUCUGUACAAACUCUUCGCGGUGGUGUACCAUGAAGGAGUGGAGGCGGUUAAAGGGCAUUAUGUUACUGACACCUUCCACGGGCAAGCGGGCUGGAUCAGAUACGACGACUCGACCGUGACGCCGGUGUCGGACGCGCAGGUGCUGAAGCCGAAGCCGCCGCGCAUGCCCUACCUGCUCAUGUACCGGCGCCACGACACGCUGCCCGCGCACCCGCACCCGCACCCGCACCGCGCGCCCGCCAAGCCCGAGUGAGCCGGCCCGGGCGGACACUCGUUUGUUAUAAGUGUUGUAAAUACUGUGAAAGACUCGAAUCGUGCCUGUCGAACGCUCCCUACGGUGCAACGAACUUCUCUCGUGUACGUAAUGUAAGUAUAAUUUUGAUGUUUACGAGCCGCCCCCCACGGGCUAUGUAAAAAGAAUGACCGGCGGUUAGCACUCCGCGCGUUUUGGUUUUUAAAUGGAAAAUAGUCUUGUGUUAGUUUGAGUCCGUGGGCGGUGCUGACCGCCGGGCUUAGUUUUGUAUGUGUAAUAUUUUGUACAUUAGGCUCUUAUUUGAGGCGUAGGAUUACUUUAUGUGUAAACUCGGAUACUUUUUAGAAUAAAGUACAAAAUGAUAUUUGUUUGCCGCUCGAAAUGGAAGCCGAUUCUUAGCUAUGACUAUAAAUUGAAGAAACUCUUAAUGAUGCAUUCGACCUAAUUAAUUUAUUUUGGUAACUAAUUGAAUCUGCGGAACGAUUGUAUAUAUUGAUUGUGUACGUAUUAAGUAACUAUAGGAGCCGCGUUCUCUCCUGGACAAUAUGGAAUUGUGGUGUUAUAAUUUGAAAAAUUAAAAAAAAAGUGUAAAAAAUAUAAUUCAUGAUACAUAUUUCUAUAUUGUUCAUCUUAUGUAACGGUAGAAUAAUCAUCCUCAUACUCUUCCAUUGGAAAGUGUCAAUGUACUGUCAAGUACAAACAUCUCAUCCUGACGAUAACCGGAGCGCAUUUGAGAAAUUACAAUGAUGUAUUGUAAAAUGGAAAUCUGGUACGUGAAUGGUAGAAUUAUGUAGCGUGAAUUGCAGACGUUCGUCCUCUUCGUGGUUGAUAUGGGUUGUUGAAGUGGGUGUUUGGCACCGAGUGCCGAGGUGUGCUCUUGUAUGUGAUAUGGGAUGCCUGAGAUCGACGACUAAAUGUUUAGCUGUAGUCACUUUAUUGUAUAAAAUUGUUAUAACGAUAUAAGUGUUACAUAUAAAUAAACAGAUAUAUAUUAUCUCGCCGUUGGUAUGUUGUAUGAAAGGAUGCCUGUUUUUAAUAUUAUUCGAAUUCAAAUUGAGGUUUAUAUUACUUUUUUUGACACAUUACAAUAAUAUUCGCGUAUCAUUACAUGAUCAUAUUAUAUCUAUUGUCGAAGAUCAUUAAAUUAUUAGUAGCAUUUUGCUGAUAUUCAACUUUUUGAUCUCACAUUUGUUGUUGUUGUUUGGGAAAAAAUGUAUAUUGAUGUGAACGAAAUUUCUCUUCUCUAGUAAUAUAGGCAAUACAUCAAUGCCUUAUUAUUUGAAAUACAAUAUUUUCUUAAUAUGAAAAUGACCAAAAAAUAUAAUAAAAAAAGUGUUUGAAAUUGCAAAUAAAAUAGAGCUUUUCUAAAUUGUUCUAGUAAUGAAAAUGCAAACACCCUUAUAGUUAAUAAAAAUAUAUAUGUAAUUAUUAAUUAUCUUUAAUAAAAUACUUCGGUUCAGUGUCCAAAAGUUAAAAAAAAUAUUUAGUCUUAAAGAUUAGUCAAUUUAAUAUUAUAUAUUAAUGAAAACGAAAUAGGUUUAGAAUUCUAUGGUUUCUGAAAGAGGUUAUUUACGGCUAACUCGCUAAGCUUUUUUUAUAGUAAUACUUGAUUUUUGUUUAAUUUGGAUCAUGGGUAGGUCAUAAUAUAAUACUUAGUGAUACUGGCAAUAAUUGUAACUCGUAAUGUAACGAAGUUUAAUGGCACCUACUUAACACCAACGCGGGUGGAACUUCCACUCCCACUCAGUCCACAGUCCACGUAACGGCUUACACAAGUGUGUCGAUACAUAUAAAAUUUGCCUUGGCUUAGAAAAUUGCUACACUAAUUUGAUCUUUCUGACAUAGCUCAAAUUUCUUUACAAUUUGCAUGGACUUAAGCAAAUUUUAUGUGUCGUCACUCUCAGUAGUUGCAAGUUCUCUAGGAUUAGAACAUACGAAUUUAUCACCAUUCUGCCAUACGAAAUAGGUAUUUGUCGGCAGUUUCUCUUCCCACAUUAUCUUCCACGAUACUAUCAUGUUCAUUUGUCCUUGCUUGUUUAUUUAUUUGGAUGCAGUGGAGCCUGGUGCUAUUGGUUUAUGUCUUUGUGCCAGUCGUUAUAGCAGCUGUCUUCUUAGACAUCAGAUUUUGCAGUCUGCUGCAAAAUUAUCUAUGUUGCUACCAGAUUUAAAUUGAUCUACACUACACUGCCGUGAUAGCUUAUGAGGCGACAUUUUUAUGAAUGGUUGACUGUAUUGCUCUGACAAAUCGGUCGAUAUACUUCAAAUUGAAUAUAGUUUUAAUAAUAAAAGCAGUAUAGAUAUUCUUGCACCUGACUGGAGGUAUAUCCUAUAGGCUGCUGUAAUAGCUCAGUGUGUGAGGUUUGCAUUAGUUUAUAUGCGGAAGACUGAGCGAAGAGUCCCGAAUGUCAGUUUUAUUUAUGUAAAAAGCAGACGUUUUAGCUCGUAAGUUUUUAUUAUAAAGAUUUCUGCCUUUUAGUUAAGUGUCUGUGUUGCAUAUUUAUUGAGAUAUAUUUCUAAAGUGAUUGUGCAUUGUGUCCGAUGUAAAUAUAAAUAUAGACGAAUAUUAAACAACUGAUCUUUGUUAUAAUAUAGACUUACUUAUCUUUUUAUACAUGUGAAAGUUGAUGUUUAACGCAGGUUUUUACAUCUUAAUUUGUUGCCUAAUAUCGAUAGUACAACAUACCACUUGGAGUGGUAGGUUGUCGGGCGUGAGCUCCCGGUCGAUUACGUCAUUUAAAUUUCAAUUUUUUUUAAUUGAAAUAAAUCAAAAUUCCAACAAUUCAAAAGCGACGUAUGCCAAUUGAAGAGUUUCUUUCACUACUCUUAAAAACCUUGUACAGUAAAACGUAUCUUAAAACGAACACACCCCACUAGGGUGACAAUCCGGAUUCUAACUUUACUAAACACCCCCUUGGAUAUUAGCAUUACUAGAUGAAUCCAGAUUGCAAACUGUACCUUCGUUUAUCGGGACAUUGUGAGCUUACAUAUUGAUGGGGGUAGGUUCAUUUAAAGAUUUGUUUAACUCUAUCCCAGUACUAAAUCUACUUAAGUGUUUCACACACUCCCCGCGAUCUGCCGCGAUGAACGAAUCGACAUGCCAAUUUUUCCGCACGUAUUCCUCAAUGUGUUUUAAUAAAUGUACUUGAAAAUUGCUCCGCUCACUGCGAUAGAUUACGUAAGUGUGUGAAAUUCCUUAUAACAUAAAGUGUCAAAAUCCUUGUCCUAUCAUGGUAAACAAACACUUUUCGAAGACAUUAUCACACCUUUCUCUGGAAUGACACAAUAAUCAUCACGUUGUACACUUAAAGAUACUCACAAAGUAUUAAAAUCAACCAAAUCCUACACUGCGAGGUCUAAAUUGUCUAUGAAUCGUAUUGUUGGAACGUCACGUUUGUUUACAUGAUAAGACACGUAAGGAUAAAUACACUGUAAGUUAUGAUACGAAAAUAGAAAUAUGAAGGUCCAGAGUAUUAUUUAAAUACCAAUUUUCUCAUAUUGACGUCGGCUGCAAUGCCCAAGAACUCUGUCAAAAAAAAACCGUAGAUUUAGUUUUCUAUUUAGCUUGAUCUGGCAUUUAUAACUUGAAAAAUCCUUCUGCAGUUUGGCUGUGACGUAGCACCUAGGACUUCGACUGUUAUAAAUACCAGUUAGCCUAGAAUAUUAAGGCCUGGAAACCUAGCCGAUGUGUUAAAAUUCAAGCUAAAACAUAAACUAUAUAUCGCUAUUAAAACAUUUAAUUUAAGUAUCUAAAUUAUAAAAGGCAACUACCUAUAGAAUACAGGUUUUUCUGGCUAAACUUCUAGGCCUUAUUUUCUAAGCCUGUUCGCUCCUGAUUUUUAACGUUCUCAAUGUAAAUGAUAUUUAGUCUUUACGUAUAACUCGUGAGUUUACUUUUACUUGUUUUCGCUACUUUUAAUUACCCCAGGUAAAAGUGGUAUUCAGAAUUGGAUAGAGUAAACAGCUGUUUGAUAAAAUCAUAUAGGUACUUUGCGGUUCGUGCAUUUUUAUAAUUGCAAUGUAGGCAGAACUGAAAACAAAACUAGCCUCAAUAAUGUAGUAAUUCCACAACUCCCGCAAAAGUCAAUUUACUUUAUCUAAUUAUCAGUAUCACUUCAAAUUCUUAUUAAUGUUGAUGUACGGGAUGAACUGGACUGCCUCACAUAAGCAAUGCAGUCUCUUUUACCUGCAUUUUAGUACACUAAAAAACUGUUCCAACAGGCCAGGCGAAUUUAUACAUUAAGUUCAAUGUCAUAAAGACUCGCAUGUGAAUGCCAUAGGAUAGUAUAUAUUUGUGACUCUUCUUUUAUUUAAAAAAAACAAGGCUUUAGAUAACAUUGCCCCACAGUUAGGUUUAAGGGAGGUCACAAUUAUAGUUAAAAUAUGGAAAUAUUAAUAUCUUUAAUGCCAACCUGUUACAUUAUCACUGCCAUAAUAAAGGUCCUAACUGACUUGGCGGUGGUAGAAUAAGUAACGGAGCGGCCAAGGUGCUCAAAUAAAUCUGAACACACACUAACCUUGACAAUAGAGGCGUAUUCAGAUAUUUUGUGAGCACCUUGGCCGUUCCGAUAUAUCUGAUGGCGACUGUACGCGGUGUUUCUUUCUGAUUGGCAUUCAGAUCGCAACACUGAUGCCGCGUCGCAUUCUCACCUCCAAGUCAAGUAGGGCCUUAGAAAUCAAAAUCUGUUAACAUUAUUGUAAAUGGUUUUAUACAUAAAACUAGUAUUAUUAAUGGGUAAAUUCAUUAAUUUGUUGUUGAAAUCAGAGUUAAAUUGUUCCUAGUCAAGUUUCAUCCCGUAAUAGUUGAGAGUUUUAUCCUUAGUAAAUGUUCCUGGAUCGUAGUUUUAAUCUGAUCAAACUAGUUGUGAGGUUAUCGAACUUAUUUAAUAUUAAAAUAAUGAUUUAAGUAGUGUGCAGCUUCCCUACUGACACUCUAAGCAGAUAGUAUAGGUCAGAGAAAAUUGUCUCUUUCCUUGUUUUAACAGUAUUCAAUGUGUUUUACGCUUUUUAGAGCUCUUUUUAAAAUAUUUAUCAUAAUACGUCAAAAAUAUCAAAAAAAGGUUUAUAUACAGAUUGUAUAAAAUGUUGUUCUACUAUAGCACAAAGAAAAUAAUGAUUAGUUUGAAAUACCAAUGCUUUGUAUCAGUCGCAGAGAACAAUUUUAUUUAUGUUGACAAUGUCUAGUCUACAGUAGAAAACUCUUUUGACACGUUUUUGAUUAUUAUUUUAUUAUGAACUUUUCCAACUGUACCAUUAUGUUCGCGUGAUAUCCAUGAAAUCUUGCAAGUUAUGGUGGUUUUGUACUUUUCGAUUAGAAAAAAAAUAUGUAUCGUCUCCUAAAAGUAUGUUGACGGUAUCUUAUUAAAAAAAUAUUGCGUAAUUCUUCGAAUUAACACAAAUGGAAACACUUAAUGAAAUCUAACAAACCGUUGAUAAUAGUUUGUCCCUAUCCGUUAUUUUGACAUUUCGGUUUCAUAGAAAGAGACAAAAUUUAACAGAGGUUGCUAAGUUUUAUGAAUAAGGGGAGUAAGAAAUCAAAACCUGCGUGAAAAAAAGACAAAAUGGUAUUUUAGAAAAAAUCAGUAAUUGCUGCUAAGCUAGAUAUAUACUAGUAGCUACGCCGUUCUUAGCAUAACGAAAUAAGUGUCUUUAACGUGGUUUAAGAACUGGCAAUUGCUCAUCACUGAGGGCUCUUCUGAAUUAGAUUCGGAUUCCGCGGAAGUCUGGUUUUUCGAAGGUCUUGUUCUCCCGUUGACGCCGUAUGCUACGUACAAGUGGAAUACAGUAAAAGAAAAUAAAACAUGACCAUGCACGCAGCUUACGGCGUCAACCGGGGACCGAGGCCUAAGCAAGCAGAAGAAGUAGUCGCCCUCAGAUAUAUAUUAGAGCGGCCAAGGUACCCAAAAAUAUCUGAACAUGCACUUAAACGUCUUGAUAAUAGAGACUUUUCAGAUAUUUGUGUACACGUUGGCCGCUCUGAUAUAUCUGAUGGCGACUGUUCACCAACCGCUGGAAAGGCCUUUGAUUGUGGGACGGCUCAAAAAUGUUGACGAUCGUUUUAUAUCAGUUGUGUGGUUGGACUUACUGCUUGGAGGCGCCCUCUGCGAUGAGCUUUUGACUUUUAACCUCAAUCUAAAAUAAAUAGCAAGAAAAGUGCAAUAGUCUAAAGCUUACAAUGAUAAACCAGAACUAUAAACGAACACAUUGGCGGUCUAUCUACUUAGGUUCUAACGAUGUAUGUAGUAUGUCUAAUAAUAAUUAUCCUUAUUUUUAUAUGAGAGGUUUAUCAUUUAAGUUACGUUUAAUUUUUAGUAAUAAGAUCCAAGGCUGUAUUUAAUACAAGGAGUGUUUUUUCCCAAUGAGCUGGAUACGUUUUACAUUUUGUUAGCCAUUAUUAGUUAUUGUGUGAAAAUACUCCUGUUGGUGAUAAUAGAUAAAUGUCCGUUAAGAAAUGUCUCGUAUACGGGGCAUUGUCUAUUAUGACCAGCUUCUUAAGUUGUUACGUGAUACGUGUGUAUGACUAAUUAUAAAAUAAUCCUUAUUUUGGUAACAAAUUGGUGUUAUGAAAAUUUUGUGAAUAAAAUAUGGUGUCAUUCUA